AUGUCCAACAGCAGCUCCAUCACUGAGUUCCUCCUCCUGGCAUUCGCAGAAACAAGGGAGCUGCAGCUCCUGCACUUCGCGCUCUUCCUGGGCAUCUACCUGGCUGCCCUCCUGGGCAACGGCCUCAUUGUCACAGCCAUAGCCUGCGACCACCGCCUCCACACCCCCAUGUACUUCUUCCUCCUCAACCUUGCCCUCCUCGACCUGGGCUGCAUCUCCACCGCUCUCCCCAAAGCCAUGGCCAAUUCCCUCUGGGACACCAGGGGCAUUUCCUAUGCAGGAUGUGUUGCACAGGUUUCUUUGUUCUUCUUUUUGAUAUCAGCAGAAUUUUUUCUUCUCACUGUCAUGGCCUAUGACCGCUACGUUGCCAUCUGCAAGCCCCUGCACUACGGGAGCCUCCUGGGCAGCAGAGCUUCUGCCAAGAUGGCAGCAGCUGCCUGGGGCAGUGGGGUUCUCAAUGCUCUGCUACACACUGCCAAUACAUUUUCACUGCCACUCUGUGGAGGCAAUGUUGUGGACCAGUUCUUCUGUGAAGUUCCCCAGAUCCUCAAGCUCUCCUGCUCACAGUCCUACCUCAGGGAAGUUGGGCUUCUCACAUUCAGUAGUUCUGUGGUUUUAGGGUGUUUUGUUUUUAUUCUUUUCUCCUAUGUGCAGAUCUUCAGGGCUGUGCUGAGGAUGCCCUCUGAGCAGGGACGGCACAAAGCCUUUUCCACGUGCCUCCCUCACCUCUUUGUGGUCUCCCUGUUUCUCAGCACUGGCUUUUUUGCCUACCUGAAGCCCCCUGCCCUCUCCUUCCCAUCCCUGAACCUGGUGAUGGCGGUUCUGUACUCAGUGAUGCCCCCAGCAAUGAACCCCCUCAUCUACAGCAUGAGGAACCAGGAGAUCAAGGAUGCCGUUAGCAAAGUGAUGUCAUGGAAGGUUUUCAGGAUGUGCUGAGGAAAC